UUCUAUACCAAGUUUUUCUCGGCUAACCUUAGAGACGCCAAAAGCCAGGAAUUCUUGGAGUUGAAGCAAGGAUAUAUGACAGUCGAGGAGUACGACCAGGAGUUUGAUAUGCUGUCACGUUUUGCCCCUGAGCUUGUUAGUAAUGAGCAGGCUAGAGCUGAUAGGUUCGUCAAGGGAUUGAGAGAUGAAAUUAGGGGUUUUGUGCGAGCACUAAAGCCCACUACCCAAGCUGAAGCACUGCGUCUGGCAGUGGAUAUGAGUAUUGGGAAGGAUGAAAGACAGCCAAGGAGCUUUAAUAAGGGAUCGUCGUCGGGUCAAAAGAGAAAAGUAGAGCAGAGAACUGUAGGAGUUCCUCAGAGGAACAUGAGACCAGGUGAUUCUUUUCGCAGUUUCCAGCAGAGUUCUGGCGGUGCAGGAGACACUACUCAAGAGAGGCCAGUAUGUAAUACGUGUGGGAAACGCCACCUGGGUCGUUGUUUGAUGGGAACGAGAGUCUGUUAUAAGUGCAAGCAAGAGGGACACAUGGCUGAUAGGUGUCCCUUGAGAUCUACUGGGGCUGGAUCGAGCAGUCAGGGAGAGAGACCUCCACAGCGGGGUACAAUCUUUGCCACUAAUAGAUCAGAGGCAGAGAAGGCCGGCACAGUAGUGACAGGCAAAGGAAAUAAAGGUGGCAAACCGGCGAGGGGCAGGAAGGAAGCGUGAUUGCCAUAGG